GAUGCUGCAGCUGCGCCCACGGGCGAGCCUUGCGCGGAGGCCGGAGGAUGGCGAACGUGCGGGUGGCAGUGAGAGUCCGGCCCCUCAGCAAGAGGGAGACCAAAGAAGGGGGAAGAAUUAUUGUGGAAGUUGAUGGCAAAGUGGCAAAAAUCAGGAAUUUAAAGGUCGACAGUCGACUGGACAGCUUUGGUGACUCCCGAGAGAAGAUUGUGGCAUUCGGUUUUGAUUACUGCUACUGGUCAGUCAACCCGGAGGAUCCCCACUAUGCGUCUCAGGAUGUGGUGUUCCAGGAUUUGGGGACUGAAGUACUGUCUGGAGCUGCCAAAGGCUACAACAUAUGCCUUUUUGCCUAUGGACAGACAGGCUCUGGGAAGACAUAUACCAUGCUGGGGACCCCAGCCUCUGUUGGCUUGACACCACGGAUAUGUGAGGGUCUCUUCAUCAGGGAGGAAGACCAUGCCCCACCACCUUCUUCCUGUAGGAUAAAAGUAAGUUUCCUAGAAAUCUAUAAUGAACGAGUGCGGGAUCUGCUGAAGCAAUCUGAUCCAAAAAGAUCCUAUACCCUGCGGGUCAGGGAGCACCCAGAGAUGGGACCCUACGUACAAGGUUUAUCUCAACAUGUAGUUACCAACUAUAACCAAGUAAUUCAGCUCUUGGAGGAGGGAAUAGCAAACAGAAUCACAGCAGCCACCCAUGUUCACGAGGCAAGCAGCAGAUCCCAUGCCAUCUUCACAAUCCACUACACACAGGCAAUCCUGGAAAACAACCUCCCCUCGGAAAUUGCUAGCAAGAUCAACCUUGUGGACCUAGCGGGCAGCGAACGAGCAGAUCCCAGUUACUGUAAGGACCGGAUCGCUGAAGGAGCCAAUAUCAACAAGUCUCUCGUGACUCUGGGAAUUGUCAUCUCCACCUUAGCCCAGAACUCUCAAGUAUUCAGCAGCUUCCAGAGCCUCAACAGCACAGCCAGUGAUGGGGGUGACAGUGGGCUCCCCAUCUCUCCUUCUGGGAUCAGCAGUGGAGGGGGGCCCUCCCGGAGGCAGUCUUACAUCCCAUACCGGGACUCUGUGUUGACCUGGCUGCUGAAGGACAGCCUUGGAGGCAACUCCAAAACCAUCAUGGUUGCCACUGUGUCUCCUGCACACACUAGCUACAGUGAGACCAUGAGCACUCUGAGAUAUGCAUCCAAUGCCAAAAACAUCAUCAAUAAGCCACAGGUCAAUGAGGACGCAAACGUAAAGCUGAUCCGAGAACUCAGGGAAGAGAUUAGAAGACUGAAGGCUGUGCUGCUGAGCUUCGAACUGAGAAACUUCAGCCCAUUGAAUGAGGAAAAAGAUGAAAAUCUGAAGGAGCUGGUUCUCCAAAAUGAAUUGAAGAUCGAGCAGCUGACUAAAGACUGGACCCGGAAGUGGAAUGAUUGGAAGGCCCUCUUGGAGCAGUACAGAGUGGACAUCAACAGGAGGAGGGCCGGGGUGGUCAUCGACUCCAGCCUGCCACACCUCAUGGCCUUGGAGGAUGAUGUGCUAAGCACAGGUGUUGUGCUCUAUCACCUUAAGGAGGGGACCACAAAAAUAGGAAGGAUUGACUCAGACCAGGAACAGGAUAUUGUCCUGCAGGGGCAGUGGAUCGAGAGAGACCAUUGCACUAUCACCAGCGCCUGUGGGGUAGUGGUUCUGCAGCCUGUGCAGGGAGCCCGCUGCACAGUCAAUGGCCGGGAGGUCACUGCCUCCUGUCGUCUGACCCAAGGAGCUGUUAUAACCUUGGGGAAAGCACAGAAGUUCCGAUUCAACCACCCAGCAGAGGCCGCUGUCCUGCGGGAGAGAAGGCAGGCUGGAGCGGCUGUAGGUAACAGUGGCUCUUUGGAAUGGCUGGACUUGGACAGAGAUAUCGCUGCCUGCCAGUUCGGUCUGUGCCCUUCACUUUGGAAGGAAAGGAGAGUGCUGGAGGAGCAGAGUGACAAGGAUCACCGACUGCCCAAGGCUAGAGAACCAGCCCACAGAGGCCAGAUUCAACAGCCACAGUGUUCUGUGGGGGAGCCGAGGCAGCGAAUCCUAGCAGGACAGAUUAGAGCCAAGCAGGACCUGGAGUGGGACCACACGCGCGCCAGCCAGCUGAUUCCCAACAACCAGCAGUGGCUGCUCAGAGAAGAGACCUGGCCAGCCAGCUCGCCGCGGCAGCAACAGCAAGACCGUGUAGCAGAGAAAGAACUUGCGGCCUCCGGGCCAACCGAUGCUCGGCUUCCAAUAGGACCUGAGACUCAACCACCCCCACCAGCCCGAAGCCCGAAGCGGCCGGGGCAGCCACCACUCCUGCGGAGACGCGCUCUUCGGGCAGCAGAGCGGAAGGUCCAGCGAAAAAAGAUCUCUUUCAAGCUAGAGAGAAUCAUCAGGAAGCAGAGGCUGCUGGAGGCUCGGAAGAGACUGGAGCAGCUCCAAGCGUGGUGCUGGCUCCAGGAUGACCACACCCAAGGACCCCCACACCAGGCUCCACACGCUGACUGCAAGGGCCCUGAACCUCACUGUAGCAGUGAAUGGACAAGUUGUAGCUCUUUGAGCUUCCGGAGGCUCUGCAGUCAGUACUGGCACCAACUACACAGUGUUUACCUGAGUUGGAGUCCCUCCGCCACAUUAACUCCUGUGCCUUACCCUGCUCAUCAGACACCAGAGAAAAUCUCUUCAGAAGAGCUCUUGCCCCAGGCUGUUUUUUACCCUCCAAGGACAGGGCAUUUCAAUAAGAAUGCCCUCUGUUCCUCAGGCGAGGAGCAGCUCUGCAUAGUCAGGGGAGCAGUGGGCAAGAAAGGAGCCACCACUCCAGUCACCUGCCUGACCGAGAGCUCUGAGUCGGCCAGCAUCUUGGCAAUGGAAAGAGCGGGUAAGCAGCCUCGCCGGAUGGUGUCCCAGAGUUCAGCAUUUCUGAACCGGCCAACUAACAAGCUAAAGGCAAGAGAUGAGCAGGAGGCCCUCACUCCUACCACCCAGACCAGGAGGGCCAAGGGACUCACAGACUCUGGACACAUACCAGCAGGGUGGCAGAAAGAAGGACACCUUGGGGCCCCCAAGACUGCUCAGGGAACUGGCUGCAGUUCUUACCAUCCUCCCGGACCCAGACAGACAGCAGGGCGUGGACGGGCGGCCAAGACUGCCUGGGCGAAUUCCAAAGCACCUUCUCUAAGCAGGGCAUCAAAAAGGCAACAGACGGUGCAGGCAGCUAGGGUCAGAGACAUUGCCAAAAAGUCCUCUCGUUUGCCUCGUGGCAUUCCUUUGAGGAGAGGACACAGUCCAAAGGACCCAGACGCCACAUCCUCACUUGCGGAUUUCAGCCCAGGAGUGGACGAUGUGGGAGAAAAAGAUGGUGAUUUAUCUGAUGCAGACAGCAGUUACUCAGCUGAUUCUCUCUCGUGUGUUUGUGCCAAAGGCCUGACAGAGCCCCUGAAGCCAGGGGACCCCCCGGGGAAGAAGCAAGAGGAGCAGAAGCUCCCAGAGACAGAGAACACUGAAAGUGACGACAGUCAAAUAUCUGAGGAUUCGCUGGCUGAGAAGGGGUACCAAAGCCCACAAGACAGCCCAAGGAGCAGUUAUCUGACCAGUACCCAAGGCCACCUCAGGACCAGAGCACGAGCUUCUCUAAGGGACUUCAUCACAUCCUCAGAAAGGCGACCAGUCAUCCAAACGCAUCGGAGCUUUUCCCUAGAUAGCCUGAUAGACGCUGAGGAAGAACUGGGAGAUCAGCAAGAAGAGUUUGUCUUUGGUCCUUCUGAUGAGAUGCCCACAGAGACUUUUUGGCGCCUGCAGACCCCCAGUCUGCCUGUAGUGGACCAGGAGGCAAUUUACAAGUGUGGUCCCAUCAGCCACAGAGCAGGAGCUAAGCUAGAAGCCACCUUGCCAAGGAACAGUUCAUUUUACCUUGAGCCCCGGUCCUGCUGUGAGCAGCGUGAGUCGGAGGUGGAGGAAAACAAUGAACGAGCCGGCAGUCUCCAGGCUGUGCAGUUUCCAAGAGGGAGUCCUCUGGUGUCCAUGGAUUCCUGGUUUUCCUGUGACUCCAAGUUCAACCCAAGUAGCCCCCCAGAAAUAGUGGAUUCUUUGUGUCCAAGUCCUGCUCUGCAGGAAUUUCAGCAUUCUGGUUGGGAGAGACCUGGAUACUGGCUAGAUAGGGAAGAACUAAAGACUUCAGGUGCAGAAGCAGUCCCGUCCCCAAGCUCUAAACAACCCCAGAGCGGUGCUGAGUUUCCCGGUUAUGUAAGGGGUCUGUACACAGUGCCUGCUUCUGAUACAUCUAGGUUGUCACUCUGUCGGUCUCACAAGUUUCUUCAGCCAGAGGCUGAUGGCACCUUUCAGGCCAGAGGCAUCUGUGACACGGCCCAACAGGGCACCUCUGAGGCCUCCAACUGCUCUAGUGUAUUAAGCAUAUUGGCUGCUUCUGCCACCUCAUUCACUCAUGUAGGCAGACCUCGUGAAAGAGACUGGGCUGUCCUUCAGCAGAAGUACCUCCUUGAACUGUCUCAUCCUGUUUUGGAGGCUGAAGGAGAGCCCAGGCGAGCUUUCUCCUCCCUUGAGGAAGACUCAAGUUCCCUGACCCAAGCUUCCAGCAAAGGAGAAGACAACCUAUUGCCUGGAAUAACCAACAGUCUGGAUUGCAACACUCCUAUCCAUCUACCCAAAAUUAGGCGUUUAAGAGCAGAAAAAGAACAGGACAGUUUGAGUGUUGAGCUAGAAAGUACUACAGAUUUCUUUACAACUAGCGAGAAAGAGGUGAGUUUCUGUGGGAAUUAUUCAGCAGACAUAGAAUCAUUGGCUUCUGGAGCUCCAAGUGCACACUUUGUAGCAGAGAAGAUAGUAAAUCCCAUGACAGAAGCUUGUGAAGUCCAAAAGAACUUGGACGAGUGUUCUCAGGGAAGCAGGAAACCUGAACCAAUGACUUCUUCUGAUGACUGUUUCUCCCUGAAGAACUCUGGUUACGGUGACAUCACUGUUGCUGCUGAAGAUGGCCGUUGGGCCCCAGGCUGGGCUCCUCUUGGGAAGAAUGAUGCAGGCCAGCCUGGACCAUUAAGCCACAACAGCCACCAGCCCCUGAAGGAAGAGAAGGUGGACUGCCAGGAGAGCGCCAAGGAAUCGGUAGGAGGACACACAGACGAUGUCCUUGGCUCUUCAUCAGGCCCAGAGCUGUACCUCCACUCAGCUCCCUGGAGCCCACCCCCCUCUUCCCUGCAGCCACCCGCCUUGGAAACAUUCUAUGUGACCAAAAGCCGCGAUGCCCUGACAGAAACUGCCUUAGAGAUCCCAGCUUGCAGAGAAGCCAGAGUGGCCUCCCCACCUCCCAGGGAAGCCUGGGGCAUUGGUCACGACUAUCAGCAACUCAGAAAUGCUUAUUUGAAGAAUAAUUUCCCAGGGCUCUUACAAAACCAGAAUCCCAGUAGGGCCUCAUCGCAGCAGAUCACAGCAGAGGGGCCAGCUGAUCCCAAUGCCAAGGAAGUUAGCAGAGAAAUGGGGAAAUGUUCUGGAAAUGUUAAAGAAGAAAGCCAUAAUUCCUUUUAUUUUUUUGUUGCUCAGAACAGACAAGUUAUCCCAUCUACCAUCACAAAAGGGUGUGAAUUUGAAAAUCAAGUUGGGAUGUUAAAUAAACACAGUCUUCCCGCAUCCAAGGAGGAAGAAAAGGCCGCUAUGCAGUCCCCUUGCAGUGUUUCUGCAGACAGUCCUGGAUCUAGGAAGCCUCUCUUUCUUUGUGAAUCUGAGGCAGGUGAGGAAGAAGAACAGGAUCCAAAUGCAAUCCUGAGACACAACCAGGCCUUUGAUAGGAACAAACAGUUUCCUUCUGGGACCAGCUCUGAUUUCAUCUCUAAGUCUGCUAAUUUAGGCCAUGACAAGCUAGGGGGAAUGGCUGUUUCUUUGAAGCCCAGAUCAGUACAUCAUAGAGUAAGUAGCCCAGAGACAAUCACCCUGGAUGAGCGUCCAGCCCACAAGGGUGAAGGCAAGAAUGAAACCGGGCUUCUUGGAAAAGCUCUCCAUCCCAAAGGUGGCUCAGAAGAGUUUACACUUCCAGGCACAGAGUCUGCAUGUGAAAGAUUGCAGUCAGUUGCAUGCUCUCAGGAAAGAAAUCCUAGUGAUUAUAAGGACCCUAGAAAAUCACAAGAAACAGUUAGUCCCAAAGAAGAGCCUUCCAGAAAGAAACAGAAUAAUAGAGUCAAUCAUGACGAUGAAAUGGCUAGGUUAAUUAGGAGUGUAAUGCAGCUAGAAAAUGACAUCCUGGAAAUUGAAUCCAAGCAAAAUAAGCAGCUGUGUGCUUCCCACACAUCCAGACUCAGUAAGGAGUUUAUGUCCCAGGACCAGGAGAUAGCUGACUUUGUCCUGAUGCCAGGCAGCUCUAGAAACGAUUUGUCCUUCAGGGAUCAACCAUCUUCUACAGAUGGCGUUACCUCCAGGGUUAGUGAUGCCGGAGAGAUGGGGAUUAACAGUAGCAUCGAAGAAGAUUCCCAGGUCCAGAAAAUGACCCCACGCUCCGUCAAGUCAAGGGAAUGUGCAGGCGAAGCUGCAUGUGUGAGAGACCACCCCCAGCCGGCUGUGUUCGACAGGCCCGCUGGGGACUCUGGUGGUCACCUGGGGACCUGUGCAGCUGGCAGAGAGCCCAGCGGCAUUCCUUUUAAGGGAAGGAGAACAAAAGCAUUGGCUCAAGCUCUGCCAGCGCAGCCCUGGCCCAAGAGGUCUUCUGAAAAGGAAGAUGAGUUGCAGAAUGCGUCAGCAAGCCCCAAGGGGCAGCCUUGUGGCUUCGGAAGUCCUGAGGAAUUGGAAAUGGCAGGUUUUUGGGAAAGCCAGGCUGCUGAACACAUAAUCAGGUCUGAGCAAGAGGAUCCAGCCAUUCAAGGCAGACUUGAAAUGACCGUGCAGAGAGGAGGGAGCUCACAGGAGGCAAGCAAAAUGGUCUCAUCCACUCAGACUCUUGAUAGUCAAAGCCAGAAUGGUAUCAGCACCCCUUUCAGCCUGGAGACUGCCCCAUUGUACAGCUGUCCAGACUCUUCUUCGACUCCUCCUCGCCAAGACCUGAGCAGUACCUUGCCCUUGAGUUCUCCCAGGCUUCCAAGAAGCUAUCUUCGUGCACCUGAUCAUAUCGGAAUCUCUUCAGUGGACUGUAUGCUGGGACUGGAUCCCAGGAUGUUGAAAAUUCUUAACAGCCCCUUGGUAACUGCUGCAGGACAUCAGCACCAGGGUGGAGAGAUCGGAAGCCACGGCCCGCGGGGAGAUGUUAGCAGCAGCUCUUCAGUGGCAUGCUCUGUUUGCUGUGAGUCUGCCAUCUCCACAGCAGUGGGAUCUCAUGGUCAGUCUAGUGCACCAGAGAGUUCUCCCUGGGAGUCAGAGGGCUGGACAUCAGCAAGCACUAGCUGCGAAGCCCAAGGGGCGAACCUCAAAAGCAGCUCAAUGGGCUUGGAGUCCAGCAUGUGUUCCACUUCCGAAGCUGAGGCAGCUGCACAAAGAGAGGCCAGUAAAACCAGUUCCCUGACCAGGGUCUCUAACCAGCUUGAAAUGCAGGUCAGCUGCCCCUCAGAAGAGGGUAACCAAGGCAGGGAGGAGCAGCAAAAGGCAGAGGAGGCUGAGGACUUCAAUCCUACCAGUGGUGCUUUCUUGGCACCCAUGUCCCUGCCAAGUGUACCUAACCUGGAGCCCUCUGCUUAUCAUGCAUGCACAGGCCCGGCUGUGUUGGAGGAGACACAGGCAAAGGCCCAAGAAAAGCAGUUUCAGGACUCUCUGGCUGGAGGCCCAGCCCUUCCUUACUAUGAGACUUUGUUAGAACCUGAAUGUUUUUCAGAGGUCCCUGGCAGGCCUCAUAGUCCACAAGUGAACCAGUCAGUGUCACACAGGGCCAGGAGCAAGGGCGACGCAGAAGGAUUUCAUGUGACAUCUCUCCCCACUGAACCAGGUCGUCUGUCAACUGAUGACAGGAAAGUCCUUCAGGCCACACCUCUCUCUGCAGACAGCUUCCAACCUCUGCCCCACACUGAAGCUAACACUGUGCACUGGCAUCCCUCACAGACUUCCUCACACGCUGUCCCUGCUCUAGGCAAAAGCCAUCGUACUGGAGAACUGGGGCAUUUCCAAGGUGUAAGUGAGCAGCUCACAUGUCACUGUCCCUCUCCUGAAACCAAAGAGGAAAACAGAGCAGCAAGCAGAACACCAUCCCCUGCUGGUCCUUUGAGCUCAGGCAGUCUUCCUUCAGCAGCAGCCGUAGAAGAGGGCAGGAAGGUAACACCAGAGAAAGCAGUGGCUGACAGAUCUUCUCAGGCCCCUUCUGAUGAGCCUGUGGUGAUGCCACGUGGACAUAGCCCGUUAGCUCUGUGGGAGACUGCAGAGUCCCCUGGCAGUCAGGAAAGCCGCCCAACAUACCAAGCACCCAGAAUUCUAGAAACCACAUGUAGAAGUAGUUUAGGAAAAACAACCUAUUUUGAAAGUCCAGUUGUGAUCCAUGAUGAGAAUUCUGCAAGUCUCUCAAGGCCUAACCAAGACCAGGUCCAAUGUCUCGAGGCCUCUGCCAACUUAGAAGACAAGAAAGCAAACCCUACACAAGGUGCUGCCCUGCCUGCAGCCCUGAAAAGGAUGGAACUAGAAGCUCCCUCGCCGCCCUAUGUGAAAUGGAAAAGGAGCGUUUGCUCUGGGCUGGCAGAAGCCUGCAGGACUGGCAGCAAACAUCCCAGAUCAAGUCCACUGCUAGAUCAAGGACCUAGCCACGAUCCUGGGGGAGUUAGGGAGGAGGCCCCCUACAGAUGCCUGGAAGAAACUCUAGAUUGUGUUGCCUGCUCGGGGAACAGUGGAGGCAGCAGGACUCUCAGCCCAUCUAGAGGCCAAGAAGAUGGCAGAACUCUUCCUUGUCAACAACCGGGAAGUCCUCAACCCACUGCUUCUCAUGCCUGUCCCCCCUCUCCCUCCACCUUACUGUAUUGUAGAGAGAGUGACCCAGGGAAGGGAAUUUCUGAGGCAGCCCCACAUACUUUCCACCCAUCCCGCGUUGUACCUUCCAGGGCCUGUGGAAUGGAUGAGAGGGGAGAACACCAUUCCAGGGAACCUGGCAUCAUCUUGGCGCAUGGUCUUGAGCCCAAGGACCUUAGUGCAGAAUUUGGGCAAGCAGAUAGCAGCAUUCUGGAACCCUCUGCUAAUGCUGCUGUGCUAUCUCAGGGUGAAGGCUGCAACUCACUUUUUGCCUCUGAUGUGAGGACAAGUUCCCUCAGCCCCUCAGUUGCUGGUGGAAGCGCAGGGUCAGGAGAGGGUCCUGAGAAAAAGGUUUCUGAGAUGAAUGUCACUGCAAAGUGUGAGGCUGCCCCUUUCCCUGCAGGCAGGUCCUCUGAGCCACUGACGAAGUUUCAGGGCAGCUCCCUAGGUGGCCGGAAUAUCCAGUUGUCUCAAGCCGAACCAGAACCACCUGCAGCAACUGGGAGACCACACACCCUGAGUUCCAGUGAAGAGUCUCUUGUGGGUGAGCUGGUGGCAGAACCAUACUAUGGAUAUUUAGAAAAUGCUCUUAGGUAUCUUCUAGAAAAGCCACACCUUUCCACCAAGUCCAGGGGCCUCAGUGAUAUGGAACCUCAAACUAAGUUGACAGAACAGUUAAAACACAUCUCUGGCCCCCAGGCUGACAGCCCCUGGGAGGAGGAAGAACAGCAGAGAGACCAGGCGUCAGUUGAUGGCGCCCAAGACAGGAGUCCCCCACCUUCUGAUGAAGGUGGUAGCGAUGACUUCAGCAGCUCUCAGAUUAGAGAGGUGGGCAGAGGGAAGGCAGCUACAGCCAAGCCCCCUGUGUCCAAGACGCUCUCAUCAGGCAUAGGAGAUUUGGCCUCUGUGCUCUUUGAGCAAAGUAGACGGCCACAGCCUGCUGCCCACAGCCUUGGCCAGCCCCCUGGCAAGGCCCACAGACAAUCACUUCCUGUGAUCGCAAUUUCCGCUGACCCCAAAUAUCUCUGGUCCUCUCCCAGACCACAGUUCUCCGUGGUCAGCUCCUCCCGGUCUCUUCAGGAACUGAACUUGAGUGUGGAGCCACCUUCCCCAACAGAUGAGGAGAUGCAAGAGCCUGAGAGAUUGUGGCCACUGCAUCCCAGGGACAGUGGCUCAGGCGGGUCAGCAGUGAGAACAUCUGAGGACGCCGAGGGCCACAAUCUGACAGCCUCAUCUAACAUGGACGAUAGUGCUGCUGAUCCCAGGCCCCCGCAGCCUGCCAGCCCUCCUUACCCAACUUCAUCAACUCUCUCCUGCAUGCCAACCCCCGACUUCAUGACCCCGAUUUCUCUGGAACAGAUCCAGCAGGGAAAGCCAGAGAGACCGGGUGGCCAGACCAGGCCGGAGAAGCAGCCUUGCAAGGUGGAAAAAGGAAUGUUGCACUUUGGCUCCAGUGACAUCAAUCCCUAUGUCCUGCACAGGCGCCCGGAGGAGCCUGCGCGCAUUGGCUGGAAGCAGUAUGUCUUCGGCAGUGCGGUCGAUGUCUCGUGCAGCCAGACGCCCCAGGGUCCUGUACCAGCGAAGGUGGCCCGGUGCUCCAGUGUGGACCAGGGCUUAGAAGAGCAGAACUCCCUGUUCUACUCUCGCCUCAGCACCUACGCCAAUGCCCGGGGCCUGUCGAGCACAUGCAGCAGCAUUGACAAUGCCCAAGGUUCACGGGAGUCCUGGGACGUAUGGGGUUCCUCACUGGCCUUGGGGAACCCGUGCAACCUGGCUGGCCCCAGAGGAGCAGCGCCUGCUAAGGGUCCUGACAAGAAGGCCCAGCUCCUCGGCGCCCCUAGCGGAACAGGCUGUCUGGAGGGUGAGUCCCCCUUGGCUGAAGAAAGUGCUGCCGGGCCAGUAGAUGAGAUUAUGCUGCUGUAUCCAUCAGAGGCGGGCAGCCCCGCGGGACAGGCCAGGAUAAGCACCUUGGAGCAGGGCACGCAGACCCUGGGAUGCAGGCUGCACUGGAGCUACAGCGAUGUCUCUGCUCAGCUGGAGGCCGGCAAGGUGCCAGCCUCUGACCUGGCCUCUUGGACCAGCAUGCGCAGCCUGUCUGUGCACCUCUCCCAGCUCCUUCACAGCACAUCGGAGCUGCUUGGGAGUCUCUCCCAGCCCAGUGUGACCAAAAAGGAGCUGAAUACCGAGAGGGAGAUCCCUGGUGAGGCACCCCCUACCCUUAUGAUGGAUGGCUGUACUCAGACCACCAUGGAUGAAGGCAUCCAGACCAACCUGGCCCCACCACCUCUGCACCUCCUGACCCUGGAGGCCAACCCUCAGCAGGUCAAUGUGGACCCCAAGGUGCUGGGCUCCGAUGUCUCAAGCCCAAGCUGGCGAGAAAAGGAACAUGCCCCAGAGAUUCUUCAGAAGGGAGAGGCAGAAGAAACUGUGUGGAAAAUGGCAGGGCCCCGCGAUCUUCAGAAAGCAAGCCCCUCCUGCAUGUCCCAGAGCCCUCCAGUAUCCUUAUUCCACUUGCGGUUUCAGAAAGCUCCCUAUGGGCAGAACAUCCCUUCUGUGAACCCCCAGGCUUCUCCGGAUGCCUCCCUGCCUCCCAGCUCCCAGCCAGAGGACUCUUCCCACAUGGCUAUCCACAGCCCCAGCCCUCGUUCUCCUGGAUUCUGCCCCAGUAAUGUGGAGUCUACCGGGGAACCUAAGGUCCAGAAGGUGCUGGGCCCCUUGAGUGCCUUGUUGGUGGACAGGGCCUCCUCCCCAAUCCUCACACUUAGUGCCAGUACCCAAGGGGCAGGGCUCCCCUCUGGCUCUUUGUCUCUCUCACCCCCCUCAGCUCAUGCUCUUGAAGGCUCCCAGAAGCUUGUCUCCAACCCAGACCUUCCCCAGGAUGCCCCCAGACCGCCAACGGAUGAUUCUCAUCAAACUAUUGAUGAGUCGGGGGACUCCCAGAACGUGGAGGCUCUCCAUGGAGAAGGCAAAAGUCCCUUAGAAAGGAGUGAGAGUAGGCCCUUCCUUGAGGUAAACCGCUCAGACAGCCCAGAACAGAGCCCCAAACUCCAAGUUCGAUUCUUAGAUCAGCUCCCUGAGCAGCUUCAGUCCAGGAAUGCCACCUGUGUCCAAAGCCGACUGCCACCUCCACCACCGAGGAGCAGGAGUCAGAGGCUGGCCGAUGGCUUUGUGCCCGAGGACAUGGCUUUCCCUGAGUGUGGUCAGCUGGACAGUAGGGGGCCAAGUCGAUGGCCAAACCGGACAGAAAACGGGAGUGAGACUUCUCCAGUGCAGCCACCACGCACGCAGGACCUUUCCUCUUCAUGGGGAGGCCCCCAGCACCUCGGCCCCUGCCCUGUCUCUGAACUGACUGAUACUGUGGGGCUCCCUGCAACCAUCUUGGACACGACUGAGGCCUGCCAGUCUGAGGGGCUGCUGCGCACUAGUCUGCAGGCCUGCGCAGUCCCUGAGCCCCAGCACCACAGCCUGAGGGACCUUCCAGUGCACAACAAAUUUAGUAAUUGGUGUGGGUUUCAGGAUGACUCUCCUGGGGGGUUGGAUGUGAGGGACUUGCUGGGGACCAGAUGUGAUCUCAGCCCUGGAGAGCAGGGAGGGCUAAGGCCUCCACAACUACCUGACGAUCCGAGCCUCGAUCCUGAGUGCUCCCGGAGGGAGAAGGUCCCCCUGCAAGUUGGGGCCCAGAACUUCUCACUCAGCACAGAACUCACAGAAGCAAAACUGCACCAUGGCUUUGGGGAGGCGGACGCCCUGCUGCAGGUGCUGCAGAGUGGGACGGGAGAGGCGUUUGCUGCUGACGAGCCUAUGCUGUCCACCCGGGAGGCGCUCUCAGCCCGGAAAAAACAAACCAUUGAGACCCUUCGGAGAGAGCGGGCCGAGCGACUGCAGAACUUCCGGCGGACUCGAAGCCUCAGCCCCCAGAAGCAGCUGAGCCCCCUGCCUGACAGGGAUCUCCCCACCCGGGAGCUUGACUUACCCAGCAGGCGCCGAGAAUACCUGCAGCAACUGAGGAAGGAUGUCGUGGAGACCACCAGGAACCUGGGACUGGCAUCUAGGUCUUCUCACCUGCCCUCUGACAUUGAACUGCUGCUCCAAGACUACCGGCGGGCUCGUGAGGAAGCCAAGGUGGAGAUUGCCCAGGCCAGGGCCCGCCUGCGGGAACGGACAGAACAGGAGAAGCUGAGAAUCCGCCAGCAGAUCGUCUCCCAGCUGCUGAGGGAAGAGGGAAAACUGCACACCCUAGCCACCUCCAGCUCUGUAUGCGCCAGCUCCAAUGGAAGCCUCUCUUCUGGAGUCACCUCCGGCUAUAAUAGCAGCCCCGCCUUGCUAAGCCAGCUCCAGUCCCCAGAUAAUGUGGGGGACACAAACUUGCCCAAUUCCAGAGACUCCUGGAUCGGGGACGUGCGGGGCCGUUCGGCGGUGAGGCCUAAUCACCUGAGCCUGGCCGGGGCCGCCUGGAAGAGCUUAGCCUGCAGCAGCAGAACCUCCCUGGGCAGCUGCUGCUGCUCUCCGGCCAGCCUGUCCAGCUUGGGGACCUCCUUCUCCUCCUCCUACCAGGAUCUGGCCAAGCACAUCGUGGACAUCUCUAUGGCUGAUGUGAUGGCCGCUUGCUCAGACAACCUGCACAACCUCUUCAGCCGCCAGGCAGCAGCUGGGUGGAACUAUCAGGGCGAGGAGCAGGAGGUGCAGCUUUACUACAAGGUGUUUUCUCCCACUCGGCAUGGCUUCCUGGGGGCAGGCAUUGUGUCCCAGCCACUGUCUCACGUGUGGGCAGCUGUGAGCGACCCCACCCUGUGGCCCCUGUACCACAAGCCCAUCCAGACAGCGCGGCUUCAUCAGCGGGUGACCAACAGCAUCAACCUGGUGUACUUGGUGUGCAACACCGCCCUGUGUGCGCUGAAACAGCCGCGGGAUUUCUGUUGUGUCUGCGUGGAAGCCAAAGAGGAUCACCUGUCUAUCAUGGCGGCUCAGUCUGUGUAUGACACGUCCAUGCCGAGACCCAGCAGAGAGAUGGUGCGAGGGGAGAUCCUGCCCAGCGCCUGGAUCCUGCAGCCUCUCACUGUGGAAGGGAAGGAGUUCACCAGAGUCAUCUACUUGGCCCAGGUAGAACUUGGCGCUCCAGGCUUCCCCCAUCAGCUCCUAAGCUCCUUCAUCAAACAGCAGCCACUGAUUAUAGCCAAACUGGCUUCCUUCCUGGGUAGCUAGCAUCUCGUCAUCAGGAAGGUACUGUGGAGAUGCAGACCCAGGAUGCUCCAGAGAGACGCUGGGGCAGCUCCUCGUAACUUUCUGUACCCCGUGCAGGAAGAGCCAGAGCGACCUGCAGUGGCAGCUGGGCAGAGAGCCCCGAGUUGCCAGCCAAGCCCAGCUGUGCUCGGCCACGGCUGCCACCACUGUAGAGCGAGGGGCCUGAGCCAUCCAGAGUGAAUGAAGCUCAACUCGCCUUUUUGAUUCCUCACCUUUAUUUUCUGUCUCUGGGACCCAGUGGCAGCAAGCUGCCCAGCAAGGGGCACAGCCGGCAGAGCUCUGGUCCAGAGCUUCCUCGCGGCCCAGCCCUCGGCCAGUAGGAAGCAAGCAGCCACCGGCAAGACUCUGCUUAGCAUCUGCCUCCGGCAGUCAGCUCCAGUGUGGGAUGGAGUGUUAGAAAAGACCAGAGAACAGUUAAAAAACAAAACAAACAAAACAAAACAAAAAACAGCUGCACAAACCAGAACAUUGAUUCAGAAUUAUUUAUCCUUAUUGAUUAGUUACAAAACGCUUAAUUCCAUUUGCUUCCCCUUCUUCCUUCCCUCACAGGAGAGGACGUUUGGGUCUCUGCCUGUCAGGAGUAGCGCUCAGUAGAGGGGGAGGACCCUGUGGGAGGUGGGGUGCACAGAGCUGGGGGCCAGGUGGAGCCUAGCUCCGAGGCUCACUGGUGGGGGCAGUCAGAUACUGGGUGCCGAGAGGAAUUUCAGAAAGGCGAAAGGCAGCUCUGUGAGAUGGGAGAGGAGACGAGGGAGGUUAAGUGAUUUGUUAGGAAGAUGCUCAGUUACAUUGUUCCUCUUCUCGCUCAGCCUUGGCCCUAGCUUUUCAGUGGUGUCUCGAGAAUUCCACGCUGCUGCUGUCGCCCCACCUAUUCUAGGGGGUGGUGGAGGAUGGGAUGUUUUCUUGUGUCUUAACCUGGCUGAACUUGAGCUUUGAAUACGCUGUAUAAUGACCUGGAAGUAGUGGGAGCGAAUUCCAGCUUCAGUUGUGCCUAGAAUCUUCGCUGGAAGAGGGCAACCAUGUGGGGAUGAAGAUGUGGAAAAAAGGUAAAGUUCUGUACAGCACAGCAGAAAUUUAUUUUUCUAAAAGUGUUGGAGGGAUUUUUUUCUCUUUUACCUCAGAUUGUUAUUUAUAUAUUACUGACUGAAGGUUAUUUUUUAAUUGCUUUUUGAAACUUUUGUUUUUCUGGUUAAUUUUUAGGUGACAUAUUUAACACCCUAUUUAUGUACUCCCAUCUCUUUAUAUAAAUCUCUCACUGUUGACUGAAAAAAAAGUCAACUUACGGGAAUCCUGUGUGUACUUUUAUUUAGUGAAGAUAUCCCUGGGACAGCCCAAGUGUGUCAUUUGAGCACAGCAGCAGAUUUAGCCUGGAGAUUGUGAUGGCAAGAAUCAUCGAUCCAGUUUUAAGCCAUAGAGUUGACACGUAUUUACUGAGUGCUUCCCAUGAGCUUGUCAGUGCUUUGCACAUACCUAACCACCAGACUUUUCCCCCCAGCUGUGGCCAAAUCCCAAGUGGAGGGUCGAUUCCGUAACAGUCAUCGCCCCACCCGACAGUGACCACAGUCCUUGUGGACGUUCUGUAACAGGUGUGCACCUCGGGAGCUUCUGAGGCUGUGUUGAUGUGCCCACACGGGUACCCGGAGACCAUGUUGCUAACUAGAGAAGCCACACACCGGGCCAGUGAGUCAGCGAUCUAAAGAUGAUGUGAGGCAGAUUUUAUAACUAAACGCAAAGUGCUAAUGAUAACCCAGUGACCUGGUCUAAAUGAUCACGGCAAAGGCAGAUUUGGGCUUGGGUAAGUGGUUUUGGUUGUGUUGUGCAUCAAAAUCACCCAAAGGACUUGUUCCGUCCUGGGCCGGGCUGGGCUGGGCCCCCUCCCAGUUUCUGAUUCAGGUCUCCUAGGGGCCCAUAUAUUUGUGAUCCUGAGGCUGCUAGAUUGGUGACCAUGCUUUGAAAAUCAAUUUUAGGCAGGCUGUAGCAAGCAAAUAUAAUAGAAAGUAGCCUGAUUAGGUCACUCGCUGUUUCCAUCAGCCGUCGUCAUUCUGCCUCAAGUAGGCUUUUACGCUUCACGUAGGCCAGCGGUUUCCGGAACGGGGCACUGCUAAGUUUAUUGAGCUUUGGGCCAGGCCUGGGUUGAGGCUUAGUCCUUCUGCCUGGCAUCCUUGGGGCUUCAGGCUUUUGCCACUGGCCUGCCUGUCCUACCUCAGAGGAGCGGCAAUGAAGUAACUCAGCUUCCUAGAGCGGUGCUUUCCUUCAGCCACAUCUGAUGGGCGCAGAAAGAUAAAACUUUUGGUUCUCAGCAUUCAGAACUUUCUGAAUUUGCUGUAGUAUAAAUUGGAUUCAAAGGACAAAGAUAAAAUCAUUUGAAAAUGUUGAGAUGCAGUUGUUGAAGGAGUAAUGGGCUGGGGAAGGUGCACUCUUACUGGGCAGGAGCUGUGGGGACUGAGAAACAUCCCUAUUUUCUGUGCUGCUGGGACUUAGUGGGAGUAACCAGCUUUCCUGUUGUCAAGGCCCCGAGAACCUGACCUUUCCAUGGGUUGGCGACCUCUUUGACAGCUGUGAACUUUCCCCCCAACUUUUCCCUUCAACAGGAUUCAGAGUUAUCUUCUCCAACAGAGCCUGACUUUACACACUGCCAAAGUAGAAAAACUGUGACUUUUGCAGGAGUGAACUUAACGUAGACUAUCAAGGUAAUUAAUGCUUCCUGAGGCAGUGGAUCAUUCAGACAAAAAAUGCUUUUUAGUUUCUGGCCAGAACAAACACCCCAGUCCUGACAAAACAGGCAUAGUGGGAGCUUCCUUGCUACAGUUUAAUAGGCAGGACCUUGUGAGUAGAAAUUGCACACAAUGCCCUGAACUCUAUAAGGGAGUUGCCCCGAGGUCAGCACUGCGUGGAGCAAGUUGACAAUGGAACACGCAGGCGUCACCAGGUGUCAAGGCGCUAGGGCAGCUCCACUCAGCCCGCCUUCCCGCAGCCGUCCGCAGGAAGUCAGGUGGGAGUGAGUAGACAUGAAACCCCCAGUAAAGAAAGCAGUUUAUUUUAAAAAGCUCUUUCUCCCGUGCACAACCCUUGGAUGGAACUGGGUUGCGAGCUACUGGCUGAACAGGGGACACACGGCAUCCCGGUUUCUGUCCUGUGAGCCCCCCUCGUCUGCCAUGCACUUUGAAGCAGCUGGCGGUACAGCUUCUGGUGGGAGAAAAUGGAGACUCGCAGGAUUCAUGUUUCAACUUUCUCACGUUCCUUACACGGUAAGCAGAAAUCAUUUGCUUCUGUCAUGAUUUCCCGAACAACAAAGUUUUAAGAAAUGCCGAGUUAGCAGCAAGUAGGGCCGGGAGCCCCCACACAUCAUUUCACUUAGUGUCCAAGCGAUGCCGACUUCUGUUCCAGGACUGGAGUCUGUCGCCUUUUCCACCACAAUCCCGAAUCAGGUAAACCCUCCUCCUUCCUCUAGGACUUGGGGUGGCGCACCUGCACUGAGCCACACUUUCCCUUCGCAUACGAGCAGGAAACCGGGUUGCACACUCAGCUACUCCUGCACUGCCGAGGGUCAGCAGUGGGCACUUGGGUGGCUCUGGAGCUGCCUCCUGUGGCAGGGCUCCAGGGUUCUGUUGAGAUGCCCAAGGCAGGGCCACUCCCCAGUCUUAACUCUGGGCCAGCACAGUCCCCCGGUUUGGCUGCACCAGCUCACAAGCUCUUAGCUGAGGUUCUGGCACGUGGGGCUCAGCUAAAAACAGGUUGAACAGGGUUUGUAAUUCUUCAGAGAAGUCCUGGGAUAAACAGAAAAGGCACACGUCUGCUUCUGGGGGGGCUCAUCCUUUCUACUGAAAAACCCCAAAGAUCAAGCCCUAGCUCACCAGUGAUCAGGCAACCCGGCACUUUUCUUUUUUCCCAAAUGUCUUCUACUCUAACGUGGACUUGAGCUUCCCAGAACACUAACAGGACAAGGUCACGUUACAGCAAGGGAGGCGCAGAACCAUCUACUGAGUACUUAGCGUGCACGUUAUUUCACAUCAAGUAUGAAAUGUAAUGUUAUCCCUACUUGAUGGCCCUGUCCAUGUGAUGUUGCUCCUGAUGUUCGCUGUGAGGUAACGUGCACAUUAACAUUCAAUGCUAGCUGUGAGUAACAGUCAGGUGAUUCCCGGCCACGCUGCUUCCUAGGCACCUGCCUUCCCACUGCCUUUCCUCCACUGGCUCAAGAACAGCCACUGCUCCCUUCAGGAUGGCCCCGAAGAUGCUUUAAGAAGCUUCUAAGAAUGCCAGGCCCAGUUUCAGGAUAAAAUGGUCACAGGAGAACUCCUUACCUCUGGCCACCGGGCCUCACGCAGGCUGCCCAGGCAAGCCUCGAUCUCUGUCCGUCCCAUCAGGCCUUUCUCUACCAGCUCCCGGAGCAGGAACAGCAGCAGGUCCCACUACAACACACGGGGGAGGAGGUGAGAGUGGCUGGAGGACAGCACAGCGACCCUGACAGAUUCGAAGGGCAGAGCUGGAGAGGUGUCCCUGAAGGGAGUCAUUCCGGCACAGAAGUGAAAAUGACCACCAUUACCAGAAAAAGGGGAGUAAGGGUAACAAGUGCCUGGCAUUUGGGGUGAGGGUGGUAUGAAACAUGAUCAUAGAGGGCCGAGAAGCCCAUCUGUCCCUAACCGCUCACCUCCCUCGGCCGAGUGUCUGCCAGAAGCCCCACGUUUCUCGGGCUCAGCAGCAGCUGCAGUGGGACGGGCACCUGAAAGUCAUCCUUCCACAGGGAGAGCAGAACAUGCAGGAGCCUUCGCGCCUGCCCGCGCUCCAGCCGGUGCUGUGCUGGGGGCCCGAGUACAGGAAUUUGGUCAGCCACUAUGGGAAGAAAGGAAAACUAAGCUUUGAGGAGGCAGGGCCACCUGGCCACCCUGGGGGAAGAAGAGCCGUGGAAGGCACCACGUUCCUACUCUUGCUUGUACCCAACCCUGAGAUCCCGAUUGCUGGCGAGAGUGAUUUGCCAGGAGCCAUACCAAGGAGAGAUGCUAAAUCCACAGAGCACUUUGCCAGAUGCUGCUCAGCAGGUGGGCACAGGAACUGUGGGGAAAAAGCAGUGAGACCUUGGACAUUGGCACGGCCUGCAGAGCAGCAGCCCCAGGCCAGUGGCUCUGGUUCUCAGGACACACAGGCCACACUCACCUGGCGGCACUGCAGCAUCUGGCCUAGCUGGCCUAGGAGUUGCUCCAGGUACUCUGGGGAAACUCCCUCCUCAGGGUCCCGGGGCCCAGCGGCCAGAGAGAGCACAUCCUGGAGAGAGAGAGAAGGAGCAGAGUGAGCCUUCAUGCCAGGCUGGGGCCUAGGCGGCCACAAAGAAUGUGGCUUGGGGUGGGGCUCAACCAGUACAGGCAGAAGGAAGAUGGCCCCUGGGGAUGAAGUGACUGGGCCGAGGUACCCUUAGACUUGGGGCUCGGGCAGGACAGCACAGCUGGAGAACCAACCAAGUGGACAACAGGGGGAACACAGGAGCAGAUAAGCUGAGGGAGGGUUGCUGCUAGAGGGUUCGAGAGAGAUGUCACGAAAGAUGUCUUGGGGUAGUCAUGUCGACUCCCAGAGUACCCUGAAUUCUGAAAGCAUCUAGGGUGACCAUAUUGGACACAUGUCCUGAGAUUUUCUAUCCCUCACGCUUCUCAGGAGAGUCAAGGUUUUGGUACAGAACCCAUUACCUAUUGAACACUACUAGUUGAUGGCUGCUUAGCCUUUUCUUCACCUUACUUACACUUCCCACCUUUGGUCAUCCCUUCUUGGUCCCUAGGCCAAAUCUACACUCCCACACCACUACUCCAGACCAGAGUGAAAGAGUCAACAGUUCAAGCUUUUGCAGGCCAUACAGUUUGUCCCAACUACUCCAUCUGCCCAUUUUAUGUCAGAUUUGGCCCAUGGGCUGUGUGCUAAGCUCUGGGCCAUAGUUUCUUCUUACUGCCUGUAACUAAACAAGCGUCACUUCCCAUUUAGAACAUUUCUGUGAAAUGAUAUCCAAAUACUGGGUGUACCACCCACUCAAAGACUUCCCUACCGCAUGAGUCAAGCCAUUCACUGCCCUAACUCCCAUGCCAUCUGUGCAAUUCAGAAUUAGUCCCAUUUUCAUAGCCACCUCACACUUUUGGGUGACCGAAGUAUCCAAAGUUGGAGAACAAUUAGGAAACCAUUCAAUUCAGCUCUGCCCUACCUAAUCCCAUUGAGUAUGAAAACAGGAACUAGCCGGACAACACAGAAAGCUGCUACACAUGACUGCUGGAGUCAAUGUGAGAAAGGAAGGAGACCAGGAAGAGAGCAGGGAGGAGGAGGGGAGCCGAAGGGGAAUAGGGGAGCCGUGUACUUUGAUCUCGGAGAUGAGGUGGGAGGGGAGGGGAGCAUGGUGCUCACAGGCACGGGAGCAGCCCCUCCGCUCCCCCUGGACAGCCAGUUCAGGACCCUGGGCGCGAAGUGUUCGGUUCACUGCCGCUUUCACCUCUCUUCUGAUCAGCGCUGCCAGUCAGGGAAAACAGGAAAGUUGUCACCAUAGCACUACACUUCGGCCCACCAGGCUAACCAGCACCGUUCCUUGUUUCCAACUGGCUCCGAAACCAUCACCCCAAAGUAGCCUCUGAUUUCCAGUCAGCCACCCCUUUUCCAGCAUACCUCACCUGUGAUAUUGGCUGACAACCAAGCACAGGCUUUUUCUGUUGCAAGUCCCACAGCAAUGUUCUCUGCACUGCUUAGCACCUACGACACAGAAGCAUUAGAAUCAGGAACAGACUGGGGGUGACGCACGCUCCGCAGUCCGGGGCUGCCUCAUCCCCAGUUAGCAGACGCACAUGCGCGCACACACAGGGCGCCUCUCUGCCUCCAACCACUCAGCCCACUAGCUCCUGGCUUCCUACGUACAGCUCCUGGGGUCUCCUCCGGAAGCAGUGCCCGCACGGCCCCAGGGCUCUUCCUUUGGCAGAACCUGACGGGAGAACAGAGCAGGUCAGGGAGGUGCAGACACCUCAGCCCGGCUCACAGAAAGAAAUGCCCCCAGAGCACCAAGCUCCACACCCAGGAGCGCUGCCUCGGUGCGGGGAGCACUGUUGGCCAGCUAGCCCCACCCCACAUGCUGGAAAGGAGGAGGUAAAUGAGCGUGGAAAAGGGUCAUAAAAUAAGAUGUAAAAGGAGAAUGGAGACGGGAGGGUCCGGACAGAUGGGGUCUCUUACUCCCGCCCCUGGGUGAGUGCCUGCGCCCCAUAGGGGCAGAGCUGGGAACACAGGAUCUCCAACAGCUGGGCUGGAUCUCUCCCAUUCUUUCCCUCCGUCACCAGCUGUUCUUGAAGAAGCGACUCUGCCUGGCGCACCAGGUCCGCCACCAGUGUGGCCCUGCAGCAGGAGCGGCGAAGUUUGGAGGUAUUUAAAAAUCUUGAGUCAGAAAGGGAUUACCGAUUUAAGGAAGUCCGGUCAGAACUUCCUUCAAAGAAUGUUAGCAAGUUGAGCACCCGAUGAACCCGCCCUCUCCCUCAGUUUGGCAAAGUGUCAAAAGGGGGAAAUGGGAAGGGAAUGACACUUGGGACCCCAACACCUCCACUGCCAGCCCCCUCAACCCACACUCACUUGAUGUGUUUGACACAGUUAGAACCAAUUCGCUCUGCCACAAAUUCCACAGUCCUGCGCAGGGAGGGUGGCUGGUUGUGGAAAAAGGCUUGGGCGAGCUGAGCCUGUGAGGAGGAAGCAGUGAAGAGAUCCCAUUUUUGACCCACUGGGCUACCCUACCCCUGCCUCCACCCUGCCUUUACCUGCAGCCCCUGGGUGGUCCGGGGAGGCUGGGUUCCCAGUCCAGUUGUAGUGGUGGGGGUAAUUUUCCGCACAAAGCCCCCACUCCGUCCACUGCUGCCUGAUACCCACGAAGCCAGCAGUUUCCGAAGUUCUCCUGUGUCAGGGAAGGCCAGGUGCUUAGUUCCAGAACCACCCCCACCCUCCCCACCUGAGCCCAAGUGGCUCAGGCCCCUUGGGGAACAUCUAAGAACAGAAGGUAUUAGGGUGUUAGGCCCAUGGGGUGCCUUUUGGGGACUCAUGAGGGACAGGCCAAGGUCACAAGACCCUGCUGGGGAAGAUGCAUGUCCUCACCGAUAUAGGGGCAGCAAGUGUAGAGCAGGUGCUGGUCCACCACCGGCAUGUUGUCCUGGGGGGAGAAGAGGCCAGAGCUGGGCAGACAGCUGGGCUUCCCGUCCUUCCCAGUGCGCCCAGAAAUGGGAGUGUCAGAAUGCUGUG